AUGGAUUUUGAAAAUGAAACACCAAUAUUAACCAUUAAUCAAGAGUAUGCGAAAAAAUAUGAAGAAAGAAAAAGAAGUGAAGAACUCUCAAAACUUAAAGAAAAAUAUGGUGAUUUGAACUCGGACGAAGACGAGGGUUCGUCGUCCUCUGAAGAGGAAGAUGAAUAUGGCGAAUUAGUAACUCCCGAAAUUGACUCACAAAUUAUGAAGACCAUUUCUGCUAUAAAAAAUAAAGAUCCUAAAGUUUAUGAUAAAAAUUCCAACUUUUUUGCAGAUGAAGAAAUACGAAAGGCGCGUCAAAAUUGGUUUGAUAAGCAGAAACAAAAAAAAUCCGAAAAACCAUUAUUUUUAAAAGACUAUCAGCGCCAAAUUUUACUGGAAUCUAGUGAUAUAACUGAAGAUGAUAUUAAACCAGAAAUUGAUAUAAUGCCAGAAAUUGACUUAACACCUAUGGAAGAAGAGCAAAAGCUUAAGGAAGAAUUUAAAGAAGCUGCUUCUAAUUUUGAUUUCAAUAAUGAGGAGGGUGAUGAUGAUUUUUUGGUUCAUCGAUCCAAAACUGCUGAAGAAUUAAAAGCUGAAGAAGAAGAGUAUCAAGCAUUCUUGUUAGAAAGUAUGGCUGGAAAUAGUAAAGACUCUGAGUUUAUUAAGCAAUGGCAAGAUUAUAAGAAUGAUACUGAUGUUAACAAAGAUGAGGCCUUUUUAAUGGAUUACAUACUUAACCGUGGUUGGAUCGAUAAAAAUGCCAAACGGAUUCCAACUUAUGAAGAUCUAAUUUUGGAACAUCAUGACGAAGAAAAUGAUGAAUUUGAAGAAGCUGUCGAUAAUUUCGAAAGCAAGUAUAAUUUCCGAUUUGAGGAAGAAGGUGGAACAAAGGUUGCCACAUAUUCCCGGAAUGUAGUUGAUUCUGUACGAAGGUCAGACAACAAACGUAAAAUUCAGCGUCAAGUACGCUCUGAGCGUAAGAAUGAGGAAAAGAACCGCAAAAUGGAGGAACUUAAAAGGCUUAAAAAUCUCAAAAAGAAAGAAAUUUUUGAUAAAUUGCAGAAAAUAAAAGAAAUAACGGGAAAUGAAACCGUCGGAUUUGACGAGGUUGAUUUAGAAGAAGAUUUUGAUCCUGAAAAAUAUGAUAAAAAAGUGCAAAAUAUCUUUGAUAGUAACUACUAUGCUCAAGAGGCAGAUGCUGAUAAACCGGAAUGGGAAGAAGACAUUGAAGAUAUUGUGAAAAAUGAACAGAAGAAAAAGGCCAAACAAAACUUUGACAAAUACUUGGACGAAUAUUAUCAACUGGAUUACGAAGACAUUAUCGGUGAUACUCCUACAAGGUUCAAGUAUAAACAAGUUAAGCCAACUUCAUUUGGAUUGACUUCUGCUGAAUUCUUAUUAGCUGAUGACAAAGAUUUGAAUGAAUACGUAUCUUUAAAGAAAAUUGCUCCGUUCCGUCCUGAAAAUUUGGUAGAAAAGGAUAUAAAAAAAUAUUCAAAGAAAAAACGUCUACAGAAAUUUCGUAAAAAACUUGAGCUUUUAGAAGAGGAUAAUCCACCUAUAAGCAAAUCAUGGAGUAUAAAAUCAAUUAAACGUAAAAAUAUGCAGCAAAAUCAAGGACAAUCUAAUAAAAAGCAGAAGAAUAAAACCUCCAGUACAUAA